GUUUCUGCCUUUUUGCCUGUCUUUCCGCAGGAGAAAAGUGACGGUGACCCCACAGGAUGGAAUGCAUCUAUGGUGUGGAUAUGGAGGAGUUGUGCCCAGUGUGUGGGGACAAUGUGUCUGGCUAUCACUAUGGUUUGCUAACAUGCGAAAGCUGCAAGGGCUUCUUUAAGAGGACCGUACAGAACAAUAAGCGCUAUACCUGCGCAGAGAGCCAGGGGUGUAAAAUUGAUAAGACACAGAGAAAGCGUUGUCCUUUCUGUCGCUUCCAGAAGUGCCUCAAUGUGGGCAUGCGACUCGAAGCAGUUCGUGCAGACCGAAUGCGAGGAGGUCGAAAUAAGUUUGGGCCAAUGUACAAGCGAGACCGAGCUUUAAAGCAGCAGAAAAAAGCUAUAAACCAGGAGAGUGGGCUAAAGAUGGGGUCCAUGCCACCUGUCCUGUCACCAGCCCAGACAGAUUAUACCCUUAGUAGCUUAUUGCCCAAUCUGCCAGACAUUUCCACUCCUAAAAACAUCCUCCUAAAGAUGCCAUCUUCCACCACAUCUGCAGAUUAUGAGCAGGGCCUGUACACUACCCCUGGCUGCUUGAUUAUGGAUUCCCACAGCCCAAUACCUUCUCAGUAUCCUUACCAAUCUUUGCCCUGUCACACCAUCAAAUCUGAGUUUCCUGACCACUAUGCCAGUAGCGCUUCGCCUGGCUCCUCUGGGGGAUACACUUAUACUGAUCAGACUCAGACUAUGAGCUCACCCACACCCCACACAGGCCUGGAUUUACCAGCACUGGUUUUGGAGUUUGUGCGCUGUGAACAGGAUGAGCUGCUGGUGCGGAAUAAGAUCAGCACUCACCUGGCGCUUCUGCAACAGAACCAGAGCUCCAGCAGCAUUGAACCACUCUCAACCUUUGGCCUAAUGUGCAACAUCGCAGACCAAACACUAUUCUUCAUUGUGGAAUGGGCACGGAAUUGCAACUUCUUCAAAGAACUAAAGGUGGGGGAUCAGAUGAAGUUACUACAUAACUGUUGGAGUGAGCUGCUGGUGCUUGAUUAUAUCUCCAGACAGGUCCACCAUGAUGAACAAGACACAAUAUUGCUCAUUACUGGACAGAAGGUGGAUCUGACUUCUUUGCUGACUCAGGCAGGGGUGACCCUGGGUCAGGUGGUGCGAGCAACACAGCAACUGAUCCAGCAUCUUCAGGAGCUACAGUUAGACUGCAGAGAGAUCACCUGUUUUAAGUACCUCAUCCUGUUCAAUCCUGAUGUGAAGCUAUUGGAAAACCAGGAAUAUGUGGAAAAUGUGUAUCACCAGGUGAGUGGUGCGUUGCUGGAAUACACAUUGUGUGUAUAUCCGCAGCACGUGGACAGAUUCAGUCAGCUGCUGCUGCAUCUGCGAGAGCUCCAAGUUCUAAGUACUCAGGCUGAGGAUUACCUGAACUAUAAACACCUCAAUGGAGAGGUACCAUGCAACAAGCUACUCUUAGAAAUGCUGAACGCCAAGAGAGCCUGUGUCUGA